AUGUCCACAAACAAGGAGCUCGACCCCUACUCCGCUCAGGCGGAGAGUCACAACGUCUCGCCCCAGGAAAAGAUCGACGGUCUGCGCGCAAUCGUCAAGAGCGUGAAGACGGGCAUGCUCGCCAGCCGCUCUGUUAGUGGCGAGAUACAUUCGCGUGCCAUGGCUCCCGCAGGUCCUGUGGAACAUAACCAGGUCUCGCUCAUCUUUAUCGGAAACCGCGUGACGCACAAAUUCGACGAGAUCGAGAACGACUCGCACGUCAAUGUCUCGUUCUACGACCCCUCUACCACCAACUGGGCCUCGUAUGCCGGCAGGGCGAGGAUCUCCCAGGACAAAGAGCUUAUUGCAAAGCACUGGAGCCACCUGGUCGCUGCUUGGUUCGGUGACCUUGGCGACGGCAUCCACAAGGGUGACCAGAACGAUCCACGGGUGGCGGUCAUCGAAGUCAUCCCGGACCAGAUUCGUUACUGGGUGUCGAACCGGGGGACCGUCGGACGUGCUGUGGACGUCGCAUAUAGCGCUGCCACUGGGAACACUGCGUCGCCUGGCGAGUUGAGGACUAUCACUAAAGAUGAGAUCCAACUCGUCCAGGGUAUGACUUCGAAGUGA